GAAUGCUGCGCCACGAUUGGCCAGUUCAUCACACAGGAAGUGCGGAUGUAAACACGGAACGCUACUUUGUUUCUAUGGUGAUAUUUUACGUACCACAGCAGUGUUAUUAAUGUAGUAGUGAGGAAUAUAGUCGGUUUCAUGAGUCAAUAUUUUAAGGUACAUGUAAUGUAAGAGGCGAGAAUGGGUGAGAUGGUAUUGGGUGUUGGUGCAGGAGUGUUCAUCAUCGCUUUAAUCUGGAUAGUGACUCUCGCGCUUGCUAUCUUUCUGAUGCGGGCAACCGGUCCAACAAAGUUAGGGAUCAUCCCUGUUUUUCUUCUUGCGAUCACCAUCACACUGGUCCUCGUGUUCUUCCCGCGUGCCUCUGAAGUUCCCUCCGCUGAGAGAGAAGUUCAGAUAGUGGAUACUUUCUUCAUCGGCCGCUAUGUGCUCCUGUCCUUGGUGAGCGUUGUGUUCUUGGCAACCCUUUUCAUGUUGCUGCCCUUACAUUUCCUGGAGCCUGUGUAUGCCAAGCCCCUGAGAACACACUAGACCAUGAGCUUUCAUGUGCCAGACUCCUACAGAUGCCCCAAAGCAGGGCAUCCAGCCUGGCAGCACCAUCAGCGGGUCUGCUUAAGAAGAGAAGGACCAGCAGCAGGUUCCAAGGCUUUUGUCUUUCGGUCCUAAUCAGACGUGUCCACAUCUCUUUGAGAAUCCAGCACAGAGGGCUCGGACUGGAGAAAAUAGCAUUUUUUUUAGGAUAUAGUUAGAUAAUGUCACUAGUAUAGUAUUAAUGUAUACUGCUCAUGUUUGUAUCUUUGUGUAUUGUUUUCUGAGUGUUUUUCUCUGUUUUGCAAUUGUGUUGUAAUGAAUUUGUGUUUACAAACGUCAAUACAAUUUAUUUUUAUGCCAAA